AUGAGCGUAUCCUUGGGUCUAUUAAUGAGUCUUCUUGCAAUAACAGAAGUCGAUUGCACACCGUUAUCACCACCAGACUCUGAUGACAAAAUGUUACAUGCUUUGUCAGGGACGAGCAAUAGGGGCACUGUUCUCUUCAUUAUCGGAAUCGUUGCGCUCUCAAUAGUCCUACUUCUGGCACUUUUGAUAGCUACAAUAAUCGUGUUCCGUCGCGUGGGCCAUUUGAAUGAGGAAAGUUUCAGUCGUGAAGAAGAAAACCAGGCCUAUUUAGAGUUGAAUCUGGAGGAGCAAGAGCUUUAUUUCCAAUCAAGAGAGUAUCUUACAACCAACCCAUACUUUAGAGGUGAUCUCUUGCUUAGUCAAAACCUAAGUGUUCAAGAAAAGGGUAUUCGUGCUUGGGAGUUUGUCAAAGAUUACAUGUUAACGAACAACGAUCUACUCAUUGUGAAUCGUUUUGAGCUCAACUUUUUUAAACACUUCGAAUGUUCCACACAAACCAAUCUACCUAUGCCAACGACUAAUGAAGUUUACUAUUUCGAGAGUAAAAUUUACUCCUUACCACAUCCAGAGGAUACGCUAAUAUCUAUAGGUCUCGGUGUCAAGCCGUACCCAUGGUUCCGCUUGCCUGGAAGACAUGCCCACUCUGUAAGCUAUGAUAGUAAUGGUUACAGGAGACACAAUCAACCAUUUGUUCCCAGUGGAGAGCCGCAAUUUCCAAAAUUAAUCGAGGGAGAUGUUGUUGGAGUUGGCUACCGUGUACGGUCUGGCACAGUUUUCUUCACACGUAACGGGAAAAAGGUAAGCGAACUGAAACUAGGAGGGCACAUCAAAAACUUCAAGAUUCCACAGGAUGGACAAAUUUAUCCGAUAAUAGGUGCUAAUAAUCUUUGCUCUGUGCAUGUUAACAUUGGUCAGUUGGGCUACGUUUUCAUUGAGGGCAACGUUAAAAAAUGGGGAUUUGCUCCUUUGGAGGGCAACGGUCCAGCUCCACCAGCAUACAAGAAGUUCAAUGCCGAUAUUCUCUUGGAGCGGUCAGAAAUAGAUGACGAGAACGACUUGAAUGAGAGGGAGAGCGAUUUUCCCCCUGAUUUUUGGCACGUUGAGGGUGGUCCAGAGGUCGACACUGUUAAUCAUGAUAAGUUUAGUUACAAUGCCUAUGGCGAUGAACCAUCUGAAGACGAGCGCAUAACUAUGGAUAGCCUAAUACCGUCGAAGCCCCCAAGUUAUAACGCUGAAAAUACCAGCCUGAAUGUCCAAGGUGAAGAUGGAGAUCAACUGCAUAAUGAUGAAGAAGUCGACCACAAUGCUUGA